AUGGUUGGCUGCAAUUUUUCAGGCACCAAAGUAGCUGUUAUGUGGAUGCACUUAAAAUUGCAGUCACUUGGUGGCAUGUUAAAAUACACAUCUGUUGAAACUUAUUCAGUCCUUCAAGCUAGCUGCCUUCAACACUGGUUUAAAAACUGGCAAGCACUUAGGAGGAACAAAUUGACAGCUAGCACUUUUGCUGCUGCUAUUGGGUUUUGGCGCCGGCAAAGGGUACAGCUGUGGUUAGAAAAAAUUGGUGCUAUUGAACCUUUCUCUGGAAACCUUGCCACCUGUUGGAGCAAUAUCAAAGAGGAGGAAGCACUUGAAAGAUACAAACUGAUAACUGGAAAUACAGUGUUGUUUCCUGAAUUUCAGGUUUAUGAUACCCACCCAGAUGACAGCUGGCUUGCCGCUUCACCAGAUGGUGUAAUUGACAGUCUAGUGCAUGAAUUGCCUUCUCGAGGAGUACUGGAGAUAAAGUGCCCAUAUUUUGAUGGAGACAUAAGUAAAGCUUUCCCUUGGUCUCGAAUUCCAAUUCACUAUAUUCCUCAAGCUCAGGGUUUAAUGGAGAUUUUAGGAAGGGAUUGGAUGGAUUUUUAUGUUUGGACUCCUAAUGGUAGUAGUCUAUUCAGGUUACAUCGAGAUGCAGAGUAUUGGGAUGUAAUGAAAAUAGCACUGUCUGAUUUCUGGUGGAAGCAUGUCCAUCCAGCGAGAGAGUUGUAUAGAAGUAAUGUUGUAAGAAAUCCCCUUUACCAAUUAAGAACAGUGAGGCCAGCUCCUAGACAUGAAUUAUGUAGAGAUAUUGUUUACAAAAGCAAACACAUUGUUGCUAAUUCUAAGUUGUUGAUGCGGGAGAUACAUGGGAAAUUGAUGCCUCCAGUUGUUAGAGGAGAGUCAUUAGAGUGGAGAGUGGAGAGAGACAGAGUUGAAAAGGUUAUAGAACUAUACAAAAUUGAGAAAUCUGAUAUUGACAUGACCAAGUUCUGUAGGUUCCAGCAAGGAAUACUUAUAGUUUUUGCAGAUUACAUGGAGGAUUCAGAGCAAAGGAAGAAAAGGCUAAAAGAAAUGCGUGUGCAAGCUGAUCAAGCUGAAUUUUCUGGUGCUGCGGAAGGUUUUCCGAUGUCUGGUUCUCUCUCAAAUCCCCUGAUUGAAGCUCCUUCAACUAUUCCAUCACGGGAUAAAUCUUGUCCUGCUCCAAGGUUUGACUUUUAUACAGAUCCGAUGAGUGCAUUCUCUGCUAACAAAAGGAACAAUACCAGUAUUCAGGCUGCACCGGAUAAUUUCUCUCCAAGCGUUGGUGGUUCUUUUAUGGCACAAUAUCCAUCACCACAUCCAGAAUCAACAAAUCCACAGAUGACACUGCCUCCCUUCCAUGUAGCAGCAGCACAUACAAACCCGUAUUUGAGUGGACCUAGAGGUCCUGCUCACAAUAACUUCCCAUUCCAUCCAUCCAGUGGUGGUAGUAGUUAUCCAAAUCCUAGAUUUGAACCAUCAGGUGGCCCAUUAUAUAAUUCUGUACAGGGCAUAGCUCACCGGCCCAGAUACAGUGCUAAUCCUUCUCCAGGAUACAGGAGCAGUUCUAGGCCCAGUUACAGUUCUAAUCCUUCUCCAGGAUACAGGAACAGUGCGAGGCCCAGUUACAGUCCUAAUCCUUCUCCUGGAUACAGGAGCAGUCCUAAUCCUUCUCUGGAGUGCAGAAACAGUCCUAGCCCUGGUCAAUGGCGAGGGAGGGGCUUAUGUCACAACCUUGUUACCUCUGUUUCAGGACGGGGUAGUGGACGAGGAACAAAUUUUCGUGGUCAUUGGUCCAAUGAAAACGCAGCUCGUAGUCCCAAUCGAUUUUACAAGAGCUCCAUGGUUGAAGAUCCGUGGAACCAUUUAGAGCCUAAAAUAUGGGAGACAAUUGAUGGUUCUUCACGUAUAUCUGAGAAAGUAAGACCCUGGAUUUCAAAAUCAACGAGUACAACAGGAGAGGGAUCAUCUGCUGCUUCUGUCAAGUCCAGUUCUGGACCAAGCCUUGCUGAGUACUUGGCUGCUGCAGUCAAUGAAGCUGCCAAUGAUGCAGAAAAUGUAUGA